UUGACCAGCUGUGGUCUCUCCCGUUGCCUCGGGCCGUUAGAUUGAGUCAUUCAUGAACUGCAAGCGAACCACAAAAAGAACUACAGCGCUUCAGGAGGCAGACAUUGUCCUUUUUUUAAAUUAUUAUUAUUUUGCUUUCUAUUUUUUUUCUAACGUUGAUCAGUUUCAGUGAUAUUGUCCGAGUAUCAGGAGAUCCAGUAUAACUUUUUUUUGUUUUUUUUUUAAAUAAAGUUAUGCAAUAGCUCAUUUUCUCACAGGAAGGUAAGGUUACAGAUCCUAAAGCAGACCAGAGAAAUCAAACGGUCACUUUUCUUUUUUUUAAUCUAUCGAGCAGCUUCUGAGACAAACAUGACCUCCGAGAAUACGCCAUUGCUACGAAGAACUGCAUCAUCUCUCUCCGAGAUCAAUAACUCCAGAUUAUAUCUAGCCGUGUUCUCAGCAGUUCUUGGUAACUUCAACUUUGGUUACUCCCUGGUCUAUCCGUCCCCCGUCCUGCCGAAGCUCACAAGUCCCGAUGCAGACCCUCGGCUCCGGAUGGACCCGAACCAGGCCGCCUGGUUCGGGUCCAUCUACUCCCUGGGUGCAGCAGCCGGGGGUCUCGGCGCGAUGCUGCUCAACGACCUGAUUGGACGGAAGAUGAGCAUCAUGAUGUCAGCGGUUCCCUCGACCGCCGGAUACACGCUGAUGGGAGGAGCCGUGAACUUGUCGAUGCUCCACGCGGGCCGAUUCUUAACCGGUGUUGCCGGGGGGAUGACGGCUGCUUCAAUUCCAGUUUACAUCUCAGAGAUCUCCCACAAAAAAGUCAGAGGGGCCCUGGGCUCCUGCCCCCAGAUCACCGCCGUGUUUGGCACCCUGACGCUCUACGCCCUCGGUCUGGUGGUGCCGUGGCGGUGGCUGGCGGUGGCGGGGUCCGUGCCAGCCGUGCUGAUGGUCGUCCUGCUGGUGUUCAUGCCUUCCUCCCCCAGGAGACUCCUCUCCCUCGGCCAAGAGCAGAAAGCGGAAAAAGCCCUCCGCUGGCUGAGAGGAAGCAACUACAACACGAGCAUAGAGCUCAACGCCAUACAGCACAGCAUUAACACACAGGUUAAGGUCACCUGGGCUCAGCUGGGCAAGCCCAUCUAUUACCGGCCAAUCCUGAUCUCGGUUGGGAUGCGUUUCCUGCAACAGAUGACGGGAAUCACGCCAAUUCUGGUUUACAUGGAGCCGAUCUUUGCUAAGAGCAACGUCUCCCUGGAGCCCAGGUACGAUGCUGCCAUCGUGGGUGCAGUCCGCCUCCUCUCUGUCGCCGUGGCAGCCAGCCUGAUGGACAAGGCAGGACGUAAAGCCCUGCUGUACACGUCCAGCAUGCUGAUGUUCCUGUCCUCUCUGACGCUGACCAUGAUCUCCCACACUACACCUUGCCCCGCUGUAAAUAUUACGGCUCCGGCUCCGAACUCUGAGCUGGGCAACACGUUACAGGCCAGCCAGGAAACGGCUUUGAGCUUCGUCCCGCUCAUCAGUACAGUGGUGUUUAUAUUCGGAUACGCCAUGGGGUGGGGACCAAUCACUUGGCUGCUGAUGUCGGAGGUGUUGCCGCUGGUUGCCAGGGGCGUGGCAUCAGGCCUGUGUGUCACAGUGAGCUGGGUGACGGCCUUCGUACUCACGCAUGUCUUCACCCUCCUGGUGGACGCCUACGGCCUGUACGUUCCCUACCUGAUGUUCACGGUGGUGUGCGUCUUCUGCCUGCUGUUCAACGCCGUGUGCAUCCCGGAGACUCGCAAGCGCUCGCUGGAGGAAAUAGAGAACUAUUUCAGGACUGGACGCACGUUCACCAUCAGGCAAAAUCAUCCCAGCGUGGUGUCCAGCUGAAAACACGAGGUCAAUCCGAUCAAAAGGAGCCAUUCUUGCUCUGAAAGUGAAGCAAUAAAAGCUUAAUGUGGCACAUUUCAGUUUAAGAGCCCAAGAUAGGAAUUUUAGGGUUUUUAAAAUAUCAUUUCUAAUCAUUGUUACAAAUCCUUGCAGAGGUAAUCAUCUCCCUUGAACUUUUUCACAUUUCAUCACUGUACAACCACAAACGCCAGUGGAUCCUACUAGGAUUUUAUGUCAAAAACCAACACAAGAUAGUACAGGAUUUCUUUUUUAAAUAAAUAAAAAUCUUAAAGUCUGUAGACAACAUGUAUUCAUUAUUAUUAGUUUAAAACUUCAUAGAACCCUCAUUCUCUAGGCCGAAAAGUUCAGUUGUGAUGUCCGCCACACCUAUAGCUUGUGACAAAUAGCUAUGACUUCACAUCACUAUUCCACCAAAGCCAGAUUUGCGGGUUGUAAGUAAUGCAAACAAAAUGUGAAUAAGUUCAAGGUGCAU